AUGAGCGAUGAGAAUAACGGCAAACAUGUACACCCGUUUCUAAGCAAGCAUGUGCCAUCACAGAUCAGCAACACACAGAAACUGUGCUACAGACAUCGACCCGACUUGGUCAAGAAUCGAGGGCCAGAUGAGUUUAUCCAUGUUCAAGCAAUACAGGCACAAAUGGAGAAACUAGCAACUUCUGAUAAAGAAGCCAUCUCUCAUAUAUGGUCGUUAUUUGCAGCAGCACCAGCAGAUCAGCGAACGCUGAUAUUGAAAGGACUCGUCUCUACAUGUUGUAUGCCUCAACUUUCGUUUCUCCACAAUGUCACCAAACCACUCUUGCGCAUUGAUUUUGUCUCUAUUCUACCCAUUGAAGUGGUGCUGUCCAUCUUUUCGUAUCUAGAUGCAACUACCCUGUGCCAUGCGGCUCAAGUAUCUCAAACAUGGAAAAAAUUGGCAGAUGAUGACUCCCUGUGGCACAGAAUGUGCGAGCAGCAUAUAGAUAAAAAGUGUGCAAAGUGUGGUUGGGGCCUUCCCCUGCUGGACAAGUCCCGUUCACAAGCUGUGAGAAAACGACCAUUACUCACGCCCAUUCAGCUUGCAUGCGGUCCUUCUUUCACCGCCAACCAAACCGAGAGCAAUGAUGCUGGCAGCAACAAGCGCCGUAAAUCCAACCACCAUGACACUGUAACAACAAGUCUCUCUGAAGCGCCUAUCAUGCAGCAGCAACAGCCAGCAUUACCAUCCGCACCCGCUUCUAUUGCCAAAAGACCUUGGAAAGAUGUCUAUAGUGAACGGCUUGUUGUAGAAAGAAAUUGGCGCAACAACAACCACACAUUACUUACGUUACAAGGAGGGCACACGGAUGGCGUGAUGUGCGUUCAAUUUGACGAAAUUUUGAAAAUUGUGGUUACCGGCUCAUUUGAUAAAAGUGUUUGUGUUUGGGACCUUGAUACGGGCGCAUUACGCCAAACACUAAGAGGACACUCGCGAUGUGUUAGAGCACUGCAAUUUGACGAUGCUAAAUUGGUGACAGGUGCCAUGGACAAUACGCUCAAGAUUUGGAACUAUCAGACAGGUCAAUGUAUCCGCACAUUGGAGGGUCACACAGGUGGUGUUCUUAGUCUGCAUUUUGACUCUCGUAUAUUGGCAAGUGGAUCGACAGAUCAUACCAUCCGCUUAUGGAACUUUCAAGUAGGCGAGUGUUAUACGCUUUCGGGACACACAGAGUGGGUCAAUUCGGUGCGCAUCUGCCACCAAGGCACCAUGCUUGUGUCCAGCAGUGAUGAUUCCACAGUGCGAUUGUGGGAUCUGCAAACUCGGUCUUGCAUUCGCGUGUAUCGUGGCCAUGUGGGCCAGGUACAAGUCGCUCUUCCAAGUCCUCAUGGGUUCAGACAUCGCCUUGAAAGCAACAUAGCAGACACAAACGCAUUCCAUCAAACCUCAUCAGCAUCAACAUCUACAUCAUUCACAGCAUCAUCCGCAUCCACGUCAUUACAGCAACAACAACGUCCUGGCUGUGCAGUCAGUGUUAACACGACCCCUCUAAACUACAACGCAACAUCACCCAACAAUGUCCAGCCUUUUCCAUCCAGUAGCAGCAGCACACCACACUACAAAAAAUCAACAGAAGCAUCCGAUGCGCCUAUUAUCAUUUCCAGCGCACUGGACAACACCAUCAAGAUAUGGAACAUAGCAACUGGCGCUUGCCUCAAGACGCUGUUUGGCCAUGUUCAAGGUAUUUGGGGCCUGGCAUUCGACAAACUUCGCAUUGUGUCUGGCUCGCACGACAAGACAAUACGAGUUUGGGACACGGAAACAGCGACCUGCCUCUACGCAUUGGAAGGACAUCAUGGGCCUGUUACAGCGAUUGCCCUCAGUGACACCAAGAUUAUAUCUGCCUCUGACGAUGGCCAAGUCAAGAUUUGGGAUUUUGGAUUCAACAACAAUGUAAAUAAAUGA